UACAGCAAAAAAAUCCAUAAAUUGCUCAAAUUGACUCUCUCUCUCUCUCUCUCUCUCAUUUCUUCAUUCAUCUUUUUUUUUUUUAUAAAAAACAAAAAAGCCUAUAUGUUGUUCUUCACCAAUCAGUAAUCACUCUACUCACUACUCUCUCUUCAGUCCCUUUCCUUUUACGGGGAAGCAUGCAAUCAAAGUCCAAAAGUGCAAUCUGCCGGGAAGCCAGAACUUUUGAUGUUCCGAAUUCCAUCAAAUAUUCUGAACCUUGGUGGAAUACUGCUGGCUAUAAUCCUGUUUCUCUGGGAUUGAUGCGGGAAAGUGCAUCAGAUUCGUCAUCACGGGAACAAUCUGUGGAUGGCCGGUCACAAUCUGAUGGUGGAGCCAAUGAGGAAGAUGAUGAUGCUCCUGAAAACUCACAAAGUACCAUACCUAUGCAUUCAGAUGGGGAAAGGAGUUAUCCGCAAGUUGAUCAAAAUUUACAGCCAAUUGCAUCAACCAUACCUCCAAAGGGUGAUGGGACCCAAAUACAGCCCGGACAGCUUGAACUUGUUACGCGCUCAAUAGCUUGUGCUCCAAAUGUAUAUGCUGACCCGUACUAUGGGGGGAUGAUGACACCUUUUGGUCAGCCUAUGGUGCCUCAUGUAUUUGAUAUGCAUCAUCCGAGGAUGCCUUUGCCCCAUGAAAUGGCUCAAGAACCUGUUUUUGUCAAUGCCAAGCAGUAUCAUGGUAUUUUGCGGCGGAGAGAGUCACGUGCCAAAGCAGAACUUGAAAAGAAGCUGAUAAAAGUUAGAAAGCCAUAUCUUCACGAGUCUCGACAUCAGCAUGCUUUGAAAAGGGCAAGAGCUUCCGGAGGGCGUUUUGCAAAAAAGUCAGAUACUGAUACUUCAAAGGGAACCGGUUCUGGUUCUGGUUCUAAGUUCUAACCCGGAUCUUUCUGCGUUGUGAGGUUUAGUACUUUGGCAGAGGGACUGAAUCUUAUCUGAUCAUAUCAGUAGUUAUAUGUUUCAGUCUUGGCUUGUUCGAGACUGGUGGCAGUUCAUCCUUGGCUUUUUAUUUCAAUGUUAUGGGAAGGAGAGGUUGUCCGCGUUGUAAAUUCAGUUCUUCCCUUCUGUAUAAAAAAGAAAACGGGUUAGGACUAGCGUUGAAAAGGAACACUUUAGUAGGCAUAUGGCUACUAAAUGUAGUGUAAUUUAAUGGGUAUGUAAAGUUGUAGGUAGGUUGUAUACUUGUCACAUUUCCUUUCUGUUACUGUAUCUUAGGAUCCUGAUUUUGUGGAACUUCUAUUUUGUUUAUUUAAUUUGAUGAUAGUGGCAUUGUGUUUCGGGGCUUUA